UACUGCAACUGCAAAAUUCAUGAUUGGGUUGAUGCUUCUACCGUACCCUGCAUUUACCACCACUCACAUCCAAUCUCAAAUAUCGAUUACCGUAUUCUCAGUCACCCCUCUUGUAGGGUUACUGUAGUCUUGAAACGGUAUCUUACCGUAUCAGGGCUACAUAGUGCUGACCCACGCACCCAUCCCAGUUUACACUACCUUUUCCCAGAACGGCUUCUCCAUUUGGUCGCACCCUCUCGCGCAUAUGAGAGGGAAGGUUUGAAAAUUCAGAGGAAGGGUGUGGUAAACACUCGAUGCCGUGGGAAUUCGGAGAGAACAUCGGAUUUGCUCGGCGCCGAAGUGAUUUGUCCUUCUAUCUUCAAUGCACCAAGUGUCUCAUAG